AUGGGAUAUGUGAUUCAGUAAGCCCCACCCACUUUUCACGUGUAAAUAAAAAAUGAAGAUCAAUAUAGAUGGUCUGCUUGUUAUAUUCCCAUAUGAGUAUGUAUACCCAGAGCAAUACACGUACAUGCUUGAUCUCAAACGCACGCUAGAUGCUAAGGGGCACUGUGUACUGGAGAUGCCUUGUGGUACUGGGAAGACGGUAUCAUUGCUGGCACUCAUCAUUGCUUAUCACAUGGCUCAUCCUCAUCACAUUCAAAAACUCAUUUAUUGCUCCAGGACUGUACAAGAAAUCAACAAGGCAAUGUCUGAGCUAAAGAGACUAUUAGAUGCUUAUAAAUCAGAAUUUGGUUCUACGCCAAACGUACUAGGCGUGGCCCUCAGUUCCCGUAAAAACCUUUGCAUUCAUCCAAUGAUAGCUGGUAACAAGGAGGGGAAGCUAGUUGAUACAGAGUGUUACAAGUUGACAGCAUCUUUUGUUAGAGAGAAACACAAAGCUGAUAAGAGUACACCGGUCUGUCAAUUCUUUGAGGAGUUUGAUGUUAAGGGUAGAGUUGACCCAUUAAAGCCUGGAGUAUAUGACAUGGAUGACCUGAAGAGCUUAGGACAGACAAAGGGAUGGUGUCCAUAUUACCUAGCAAGAUAUACGCUUGGACAUGCAACCGUCAUCAUGUACAGCUAUCAUUACUUGCUCGAUCCUAAAAUUGCAGAGAUUGUCUCUAAGGGGCUACCACAGCAAUCAGUUGUGGUUUUUGACGAAGCUCACAACAUUGAUAAUGUUUGCAUUGAGUCAAUGAGUAUCACAAUUGGGAGAAAGACGUUAGAGAAAUGUACAGCUAACAUUAACAAUCUUCAAGCUAAACUGAGAGAGUUAGGUGAGGAAAGAUUACGUCAAGAGUACCAAAGACUAGUUGAAGGACUAAGGCGGGCUAGAGAAGAGAGAGAGAAUGACAUACAGCUGGCUAAUCCUGUACUCCCUGACGAUGUGCUCCAAGAGGCUCUGCCUGGUAAUAUGAGACGUGGUGAGCACUUCUUGCUCUUCAUGAAGAGAUUCGCUGAAUAUUUAAAGUCAAGAUUAUUGGCGAGACAUGUCGUUUCUGAAACUCCAAAAUAUUUUCUUCAAAAUAUCUACUCGACAGUCUGCAUUGAUAGAAAGCCAUUGAGGUUUUGUUCUGAGAGGUUACACUUCAUGUUACAGACUCUCCAAUUAUUAGAAUUAUCUGAUUAUUCUGCCAUUACUAAAGUAGCCAAUUUUGCUACAUUAGUCUCGACUUACACAGAAGGCUUCAGUCUCAUUAUCGAGCCUUUUGAUAAUCGUGCUCCUACUAUUUUUAACCCCAUCCUCCACUUCAGCUGUAUGGACGCUGGUAUAGCCAUAAAGCCAGUCUUUGAUCAUUAUACAUCAGUCAUUCUCACAUCAGCUACAAUAUCACCUCUAGACAUGUAUCCUAGACUCCUCAGGUUUCAACCAGCUCUGCUCAGUUCUUAUGGCAUAUCAUUAGCAAGACCUUGCAUCUGUCCAAUAAUUGUAGCCCGUGGUAAUGAUCAAGUAUCUAUAACUACCAAAUUUGAAGAGAGAGGAGACACUGCAAUAAUUCGUAAUUAUGGUAAUGUUGUGGUUGAGCUUUCAUCGGUCAUACCUGAUGGCAUUGUUGCUUUCUUUCCAUCUUACGAGUACAUGGAACAGACAGUUCAUGAAUGGGUUGAUCAGGGCUUGAUGUCAAAGAUACAGCGAAAUAAGCUAGUCUUUGUGGAGACUGUUGAUAACGCUGAGAUGAACAUGGCUCUCAAUAAUUACAGGAAGGCUUGUGAAAAUGGCCGUGGGGCUCUUCUUCUUUCUGUUGUUAGGGGGAAAGUAUCAGAAGGUGUCGAUUUUGAUCAUCAUUACGGGAGAGCCGUCAUAAUGAUAGGCAUACCGUACGUAUAUACACAGAGUAGGAUACUAAAGGCAAGGCUUGAGUUCUUAAGGGACAAUUUCCAGAUCAGGGAGAAUGAUUUCUUGACAUUUGACGCAAUGAGAAACUCUGCACAGUGUAUUGGCAGAGCUUUGAGAGGUAAAACAGAUUAUGGUAUUAUGGUAUUUGCUGAUAAGAGAUAUGGACGCAGUGAUAAGAAGGGAAAGCUACCGAAAUGGAUACAGGAGCAUUUGAGUGACGCUGUUUGUAGCCUUUCCAUUGAAGAAUCUGUUCACAUAUGCAAGCGUUUUCUAAGACAAAUGGCACAGCCUUUCAAGAAAGAAGAACAGAUUGGUCUUGCUCUUUUAACGCUGGAGCAACUACGAGAGAGGGAAGAAAAAAGACUAGCAAAUGAACCAAAUUGAUUUUUAUCAUGCAUCUCAUUAUUAUUCAUUGAUCGAUUAAUAAAACCAAA